GUCAGCUCCUCCGGUCUCCCCUCCAUAAACCCUACCAAAUAUUUAGUUUUUCGCCUUCUCCACAAUCUGCGAAACCUCAAGCUAUGAAUGCUUAUUGCAUGACCAAGCCUCAAGCACUGGAAAAUGAAACUAUUUGAAGGCAUUUUGAUCUCCUUACUCUACAAGAUGUUGCUUUUUAUGCGCAACCUCUUUCAAAUUGGUCGGAGAACUUCCCUCCGAGUAAGCUCAUUCGCUGCUUCAUAUUCUGAAAACCCUAGUUACCCAUUUGCCGCUGCGUACGGUGUUUCAUCAUCGAUAUCAUUUUCUCAUAGUUCGUUCAUUGCUUGCCCUUUGGUUUGGUUCACUGGCUUUCUUUUUGUAUUUAGAUUCCCCUUUGUCUCCAAAUCGAGCCCCCAAUGCUCUCUUGAUGAUAUUAGUUCUGACUCAUUGCGAAGUAUAUUAAAAAAUGGCGAUUGGGAUGAUCCAAAAGUGGCUAGUAUAUUUACAUCAGCAUUAGCGCCCAUUUGGGUGGGCAAGGUUUUGGUCAAAUUGAAUGGAGAUCCGAAGCUUGCCUUGAGGUUCUUCAAGUGGGCAAGAAGCCAAAUUGGAUUUCGCCACACCACAGAAUCGUAUUGCAUCGUGGCUCACAUUUUAUUUUGUGGGAUGCUUUACCUUGAUGCAAGAGAGAUACUUAGGGAGUUGAUUUUGUUAAAUAGAACACUACCGGGUUAUGAUUUGUUUGAUAUGUUGUAUUCGACAAGGAAUGUUUGCCGUCCAGGCUUUGGAGUAUUUGAUUGUUUAUUUAGCGUAUUAGUUGAGCUGGGAUUACAUGAAGAAGCUAGUCAAUGUUUUUUGAAGAUGAAGAAGUUCAUGGUUCUUCCAAAAGUGCGAUCCUGUAAUGAGCUUUUGCAUAGACUUUCAAAAGCAGGCAAAGGGGAAUCAUCAAUGAAAUUCUUCAAGAACAUGGUUGAGGCUGGUCUUUCACCCACAGUUUUCACAUAUAAUAUAAUGAUAGGUUAUUUGAGUAAAGAAGGAGAUUUAGAAACUGCUAGGAAUUUUUUUGAAGAAAUGAAAGGGAUGGGCCUCACUCCAGACAGAGUGACAUAUAAUUCUCUCAUUGAUGGACAUGGGAAAGCAGGCUUAUUAAAAGAAGCAGUUAAUUUAUUUGAGGAAAUGAAAGGUGUAGGAUGUGAACCAGAUGUGAUAACCUACAAUUCUCUAAUCAAUUGCUUCUGUAAGUUCGAAAGAAUUCCUCAAGCUUUUGCCUAUCUGCAUGAGAUGAAGAAAAGGGAGUUGAAACCAAAUGUCAUAACUUAUAGUACGUUUAUUGAUGCAUUUUGCAAGGCAGGAAUGAUGCUGGAAGCAAUUAAAUUUUUUGUUGACAUGAGACGGCUUGGUCUUCUACCUAAUGAAGUUACCUAUACUUCUCUGAUUGAUGCAAACUGUAAAACAGGUAAUAUGGUUGAAGCAUUUGCACUGGCAAAUGAUAUAUUGCAGGCUGGAUUUAACUUAAACAUUGUGACCUAUACCACUUUAUUGGACGGUCUUUGUGAAGAUGGUAGGAUGAAAGAAGCAGAGGAGUUAUACAGGGCAAUGUUGAAAGCUGGAGUGGCUCUUAAUGUAAAAACUUAUACUGCCCUUGUUCAUGGAUAUGCUAAGGCUGAGAUGGCAGAGAAAGCGAUCGAUAUUUUAAAGGAAAUGAAGAAGAAAAGCAUCAAAUCAGAUCUAUUGCUUUAUGGAACCAUAAUAUGGGGCCUUUGCAAGCAGAACAAGAUUGAAGAAGCAGAGACUGUAAUUCAUGAGUUAAAAGAUUGUGGUCUAACUUCAAAUAGUUACAUAUAUACAACCCUUAUGGAUGCAUAUUUUAAGGUUGGGAAAACCACAGAGGCGCUUAAUCUGUUUCAAGAAAUGCAGGACUUGGGCAUUGAGGCAACAGUUGUAACCUUUGGCGUACUAAUAGAUGGUUUUUGCAAAAUGGGACUUAUCCAGGAUGCAGUUAGUUACUUUGGCCACAUGACAAGCAUUGGUUUGCAACCUAAUAUAAUGAUUUAUACUGCUUUAAUUGACGGCCUUUGCAAAAAUAAUUGCCUUGAAGAAGCAAAGAAGUUGUUCAAUGAAAUGCUGGAUAAGAGAAUGAGUCCAGAUAAAAUUAUUUACACUGCUUUGAUUGAUGGGUACCUGAAGCAUAAAAAUCCACAAGAAGCUUUGUGUUUACGAGUGAAAAUGGUUGAAAUGGGUAUGGAGUUAGAUUUGCUUACUUAUACUUCAUUAAUUUCGGGUUAUUGUGAUUGUGGUCUUGUACAAGAGGCAAAGUCAUUGCUUGAUGAGAUGCUUGUAAAGAAUAUAAUCCCUGAUGAGGUUCUUUGUAUUCGUCUAUUGAGAACAUAUUAUAAGCUAGGAGAUAUAAGUGAUGCUGUGGCUCUGCAAGAUGAUAUGAUUAAGAGGAGCCUGAUUACUGGACCCAUCAAUGUCACAGCUUCUUCUAUACACACUUGAGAGGGAAAUUAUCUCGUUCUUACUUCAUUGUUCCCAGAUAUAGUGACCAGCAAUUAAUAUUUUGAUGAUUGCUUCCGGGGCUGAAUAACAUAAUUGAAAUGAACAUGAUGCCUGAUUAUGGAAGGGCAAUUGCUGGUUCCAAUCGAUGUUUCUAGAAGGUACUCUGAUGUGAGUUCUGCUUCUAGGAUUUCUAUUGCAAACUUUUGCAUGUAACUUGGCAAAAGAAUGAUAUUAUUGUUCCAGAGGAUAAUUCUUCAUGGAAUCAACCACGUCAGAAUAACAACAACUUUUAUAGCAGAUGAGAAGGAUUUCAGGCUCCACAUCAUGUUCUUAUUUCAUGCAUAAACAAUUUUCGGUUACAAACCAAAUGCGAACCAAAUGCAUGCCAGCAGGCUUGAAUUGGAGGUACCUUAGCAUCCAGAUUGCCCACGUGCUUGGAAUCAGGGGGAUUACCCAUCUUAAAGGAUCUUAUAUAUUUAACCUUGUUGGGUUGGCAUGGGAAGCUGUGGUUGUUAUUAUUUACUCACUUCAAAGCUGAGAAGAAUUAUGGCAUCUCGACUCAAGUGGUCAUACAUGUUUAGAACUGGAUCAAAUCUAUGAGAACCUCUACUGCUAUGAGCUCAUUCGAUGAAGAGAUUGCCCAUGUAUUUAUUUUUCCCACAUUCUCAUUGUCUUGAAUGUUGGAAAGGUUGCUUCUCUUGAUCCAAGGCACUAGAGAAGUUGGGAAGGAUACUUGCAUUCAGACUUUACCUUGAGAACAAGCUAGUUUUCAAGGGAGUGACAAUUGAUGGCAAUUCAAGCGCAACGCAUGAAAGCAUGUAUGACUUGACCCAAAACUCAGCCCAACAACCUUGAGUGGAGAAAGUACAGUUGUCUGAAGUUAAUACUACAACAUGAAUUAUGGAGAGUAUUUAUAUUUAUUAGGCCACUGGUCCUUCGUAAAAUAAUGUGGAUUCACAUUGGAAGGACAUCAUUUGAGGGUUGUUAUCUUGAUUUUUUCCUUUUACUUGUUUAUUUUUGCUUUUGUUAAAAUCUGAGUAUUCUAACCUGGCAAGGCAAGCAAAUGAUCCGUCAUUUUUUGUAGUUAUAGUUUCACCCUCAUGAUAUAUAAGUAAAGGACAAUUUUGCCUUGUCA